AUGGCGUCUUUUAAAACGGAUUUAUUCCAGCGUCUGCUGUUUCUUGCAGUGUUUCUAUCAAUCUCGGGUGUGAUGAGUUUUAGUGAGUUGUUUUUUAUAAAGGAGCCCCAUGAUGUGACGGCGAUGAGGAGGGACGCUGUGAUUUUGGACUGUCAGGCCCACGGCGAGGCUCCCAUCGGCAUCCGGUGGCUGAAGAACGCAGCGGCGCUCACAGAGUCGGAGCGCAUUUACCUGCUCACCAACGGCUCUCUGUUCAUCUCAGAGGUGGAAUGCCGUAAGGACAAAUCAGAUGAAGGGUUCUACCAGUGCCUUGCCCAGAACAAAUAUGGAUCUAUUCUCAGCCAGAGAGCCCGCUUGACUAUCGCAGGUUUAUCCACCUUCACUCAGCAGCCAGUAUCAAUCACGGUUAUGGAGGGAACCGUUGCACGAUUCACAUGUAAAAUCACGGCCACGCCCCCUCCAGUCAUCACCUGGGAGUUUAACAGAGUCACUUUACCACUGGCCACUGAAAGAAUCACAGUGCUGCCCAGCGGCGUUUUACAAAUUCAGGGUGUUGAACCGGCCGAUGCUGGGAGUUACCGCUGUGUGGCGACUAAUAUCGCCAGUCGACGCAGGAGCUCCGAGGCCGUGCUAACCGUGACCGCAGCUCCAUCUCCCAGAGUUCCUCAAAGGCCUCGUAUCAUCGCCGGGCCACAGAAUCUGACCGUGGCGGUUCACAGCACGGCUCUGCUGGAGUGCAUGGCGACCGGAAAUCCUCGUCCGCUGAUCUCAUGGAGCCGCGCCGACCAUAAAUCCAUUGACGUUCACAAAACAAAGGUUCUUGGUAAUGGAAACCUGCUCAUAUCUGACGUGAAACCCCAGCACGCCGGAAUCUACUUUUGCCGCGCAACUACGCCAGGAACCAGAAACUACACGAUUGCCGCCGCUAAUAUAACUGUUUUAGCGCCACCGUCUCUCGUGGAGUGGCCGGAAAGUGUGACCCGACCGAGGGCCGGUACCGCCCGCUUCGCGUGUGUGGCCGAGGGAUUUCCGACCCCUCAGAUCACAUGGCUGAAGAACGGUGAACCCGUUCACUCGAACGGACGCAUCAAGAUGUAUAACAGUAAACUGGUGAUUAACCAGAUUAUUCCUGAAGAUGACGGCAUAUACCAGUGUCAGGCGGAGAACGAGCAGGGUUCAGUUCUGGCCAUGGCUCGUCUGAUCGUAGUAAUGUCGGACAACCGGCCGAGCGCGCCCAGAAAUGUCCGUGCGGACACCGUAUCCAGCUCAGCCAUCUUACUGGCCUGGGAGAGACCCAUGUACAACUCGGACAAAGUCAUCGCCUACUCUGUACACUACAUGAAGGCAGAAGGUCUAAAUAACGAAGAGUACCAGAUUGUUAUCGGUAACGAUACCACCCGCUACAUCAUUGAUGAGCUAGAGGCGGGGCGGAACUACACUUUCUACAUCGUAGCGUACAUGCCAAUGGGUGCCAGUCGCAUGUCUGACCAUGUCAUACAGUGGACACUCGAGGACGUUCCCUUGUGUGCUCCUGAGUUGAGCCUCACCAGCCGCAGUCCCUCUGAUAUCCAGGUGUCGUGGCAGCCUCUGUCUCAUAAGCUGAGUCGCGGUCGUGUCUCUGCGUACCGCCUCUCGUACAGGACCAGCACAGACGGGGCAGUGACACAGCUGGAGCUCUCAGGACACAAAACCCAUCACCUCCUGGAGGGUCUUCAGCCCGACACCACGUAUCUGCUCCGCAUCGCUACAGCAACCAGUGUGGGAUGGGGAGAACCAUCGGCCUGGACGUCCCACAAGACACCGAAGGCUUCCAGCACUAAAGUGCCCCUGGCACCAGAGCUGCAGCUGGAGUCUCUGAACUGCACGACUGUGGUGUUGCGUUGGCAUCUCCCAGCGGGCAGCGGCACUGGACUGCAGGGCUUCAAACUUUCCUACCAUGAAGAGAGCGAACCAGAAGGACCGCCGACCCAGAUUCCCCCACACCUCCGCCAGCACACCAUUGGAGGCCUGGACCCCAGGAAGAAGUACCAUGUCAAACUUUUGGCCUACAGUUUCAUGGGUGAAGGAUACCAGGCCGACCAGACUAUCAGCACACCAGGAUGUGUUUCGGUCCGUGAUCGUCUGGUCCCGCCCCCUCCGCCGCCUCAUCACGUUUACACCCACAGUAACUCCUCCUCCUCUGUGUUCCUGCAUUGGGCCCGACCCGCUUUCACCGGCGAACAGAUGGUCAACUACACGGUCCGCUACCUGAAGGUAAACAUAUAUAUGGGCUUCUGUCUCUAUUCUCUGCUGAAGGCUUUGAGUGGUUUUGAUUGACAGGUGUCUGUUUGUCUGUCUGUUCUCCGAUCAGCUCCCACUCGAGCUCCUGUAGGAGUGAAAGUCACUCUGAUUGAAGGAGACACGGCGCUGGUGUCAUGGAAACCACCUGACGAGCUCAGCAUCGCUGUGACACGCUACACCAUCCUGUACGCUUCACGCAGAGCAUGGGCGGCCGGAGAGUGGCAGAUCCUGCAGAGAGAAGGGAGCGUCACGAUGGCCCUGCUGGAGAAUCUUCAGUCCGGUCAGGUGUACCUGGUGAAGGUCUCAGCGUCCAAUCAGAUGGGAGACGGGCCGUUCUCACCUGCAGUAGAACUGAGCGUGCGCGCAGACGCACACACCUCCCAAACACACGGCACAGCGUUUUCUGAUGGUUUCUAUCACCUGGAUCAGAGGUCAAUGACGGGGAUAGUGGUGGGCGUGUGUAUCGCUUUAACCUGCAUUAUCAUCUGCGUCCUCAUACUGGCCUGCAGGAGUAAAACCAGGAAAUCUUCCGCUACCAAAUCCAUCAGACAAGCUGGAGGACAGACUCCGCCCACUGCUGUCCGUCUGGCCAAUCAGAGUCAAGCUGAGAGUGUGGAGGUGAUGAUGCCCAUGAUGAGGGAUCAUUUCAUCGACGCAAAGGGUGGAACAAAUCUGAUCAUUAACAGCUAUGGGCCAGUGAAGCCCACUGUUGAGAAGAAGAGAAGAAAGAGAUGGAACUUCUUUAAGAGGGAUAACAAGGAUGUGAAGAGGGUCUCCAGUCCUUCUUAUCCCUAUCAUCAUGGCACCACCCUGCUGUGUUACACGGAAACCUCUCCUCAACACCCGCCGUCCUCUCUGCAGGGCCUGUUUGGGCCACCGGGGGGCGACAGCGAGGGCUCUCAUUCCAGCGAGGGCAGCCACGAGACGGGCGACUCGGGACGCUACUCUCACGAUGACACCGAGGCGACCAACCUGUCUCUGGGUGUCGGCAGUCACCCGGCCUCCCUGCGGGGCGAGGAGAGCGAAGCGUCGGCCGAAACGCCCGUCCACGAGGUUACAGAGAAAGAGCUGCAUCUCCACAUGAUCCCAAUGACGGAAACAACACUUCAGGAACAGGAAAUGAUGGAGACGCAUCCUGUUUAGCACAAAACGCUUAUGCCCUCUGGCGCCCCCUGCUGCUUAAACGGACUACUGAGCAGUGCUGGACGACCCGAGACGUCCACAUGGCCCUCUUUCUCGGUGAAUGUAUUUGUUUUUGUCUUUCAUAAAAGAUUGUGUGUCUGAAAGAAACUAGAAUCUCA